AUGUCGCAAGACACAGAUCUUUUCUCCGUGCGCCGACCUAAAGAGACGCUUGGAAGCAUCAACUACAAUUCAAGUCUACCACAACCAGCAUCCGCUAUGAAGCGAUCGAAUUCAAUCGGUGGAUAUAACAAUGCACCCUUUACUACCAGUCAUGGUCGCUCUGGAGCCAGACAAUCUCUCGCACCUUCACGACCAAAUCAACCUUUAUUCUCGCGAUCAUCAUCGGGCACCAAUCUAGCAGAUAUAGGAACUUCAUCGGUCAAAAGGACUUCAUUUCAAAACAGCAGUAGCCGGAAAAGUUAUGCACCUCCUCAAAUGGGCCGCGCAUCUGCGGAAGGAGCAGAACGUCGAAGCAGUGUCUAUCGAUCCCGGAAUUCAACAGGUGGACCCAUGGGACAUCAAAGUUUCUUCCAGACCGGACCUCAACCAGCUGGAGUGCCAAAAGACCCACGCCCAUUGAGAGACCGAGCUUAUCAGGGGAAGAUUGGACAAGAAUUGCUGGAGUAUAUGGCCAAUAACAAUUACGACAUAGAGAUGAAUCAUAGCGUAUCGGCCAAUACUUUGAAAUCACCAACUCAAAAGGAAUUUGUGUUCAUGUUCCAAUGGCUUUACCACAGAAUUGACCCAAGUUAUCGAUUUCAAAAAGCUAUCGAUCAGGAGGUACCUCCAAUUAUGGCUCAGCUACGAUAUCCAUACCAGAAAAGCAUAACUAAGUCCGCAUUAUCCGCCGUUGGAGGUGCAAAUUCGUGGCCAUUCUUCCUCGGAUUAUUGCAUUGGAUGAUGCAACUCGCUCAGAUGUUAGAUGGAUAUGGGACCGACCGAUAUGAUGAGGCAUGCGCAGAAGCUGGUGUUGAUGUUAGUGGAGAUCGCAUUAUCUUCAACUUUCUCAGCAAUGCAUACCGAGAUUGGCUCUCCAUGGACGAAGAUGUCGGGGAUGAUGAUCAGGACCAGGUUCUUGCACCACAUAUUCAGGCUAUGGCACAGGAAUUUAACAGAGGGAAUUCAAAAUAUCUCAACGAAAUGCGCGUCCUUGAAGGGGAACACGAACGAUUGCAAAAGGAGAUUAAGACGUUUGAACAGACUGGCUCGGGUAUUGCUAGGUUGGAUAAAGACUUCAAGGAUCUCGAAGAUGACAUAGUAAAACUCGAAGAGUUCAACAAACUUAUGCAUCAAAAAUCGGAGAAAUAUGAGUCUCGUAUACAGUACUUGCAAGAGGAGCUUGAAAGGGUCUUGCAAGAAUUAAAAGAAGCAUCUGAUGAGCGAUCAAAACUCCAAGAGGAAAUCGAUAGUAGAGGCAUGAGUAUGCAAGAUAUCGAUCGUUUGAAUUCUGAAAUGGAACGACUUGAAAAGGGACACGAAGCUUCGCAACAAAGAUUGGAGGAAGCGAGGAGAAUGGUGGCCGAAAAGGAGUUAGAAGCGAGUCGCAGACUGGAAGAGCUGGAGCGUACAGUGGAAAAGUACAAUAGUCUGGGAUACAAGGCUAAGCUUAUUCCAUCCACCGCCAAAAACGCCAAAGGAAAGGACUACGAGCUCCAAAUUGUUGUCAAUGAAGGACCUAACUACUCGGCAUCGCAAAUGGCAAGCUCUUAUGCGGGUGCGAGAGACGGCGAUAGACUACUUGCCGAUCCCACGACUGGUUAUCAACCAGCUGAUGUAUUGAAUCUGGAUCUUCGCAGUCAUGUAAAGAACAGCUUCAUCGGUCUUCGAAAAGAAACAUCCGAACGAAGGACCAUUGCAAUUGAGCAAAUAGAGAAAUAUAAUGAUUUACUCCACAAAAGCAAAGAAGCCAUUGACGAAAAGAAGGGCGAGGUUGGGGCUUUGGAGCACCGCGUCAGAGCUGCAGAAGAGGAGCAUGAAAAGACCAAAGAGGUCACCAUAACUCAAAAGUUGGCUUCUGAUGCACAAAUCGAGAAGAUGGAGAAAGAGCUAGCUAAAAUGCGAGCUGGUCUCACAGAGUCUGUUCAACUAAUGGAGCAACGAGAGAUGAAUAUGAAUAUCGAAUAUGAGCAAUUAACACUCCGAGCAAACACUCUUCGCGAGGAGUUGCAUACAGAGAUUGAGAAGAUGUUGAACGACAUCAUCAAAUUCAAAGUCCAUGUUCAGAAGAAUCUUGAAGAUUACGAGGGAUUCGUUGUAGAUGAGGUUGAGCAUGAGUUAGGAGGUGAUGAUGAAGUCAGGGAUGAUACCCAAGACUUUGAAAUGAGUGGAUGA